GAGCAGCAGCUGGAACCUAACUAGAAGAAAUUCAUUUACAUCAUACUUAUGUGCACUGCCCUGCGUGGUAGUUAAAAACUAGCUUUGUAAUACCAUAACUUAAUAUUCCUUUAAUUUUUAGUGCAUUUGGCCACCUUAAUCUUAUCACUUGCGCUCAAUAUUAGUAUCAAUCAUUCUUGUAGUUUUUUUCUCACUUGCCUUUUCUCUUCAUCCUUAGCUGCGGUAUAUGUAUGUACAUAUGUACAUACAUACAUAAACAUAUAUGUACGGUUGUGCCGAGCUGAGAUUUGCAUUUUUUGUCUCUCGUUUUUUGGACAUUAACUGUGAGCAGUUCGUUUAGGAAAUUCAAUUGUUGUGCAACUAUAGUCACGGCCACGUUCCAUUUGAUUUGUAAGAACAUUGUAUCGAAAUAAAUUACAAAUAAGUUAAAAACACAGUGCGUUUAGUGGUUUUAGACAUUCAUAGCUGCAAAAAAAACGCUUUGUAGCUCAACAUUUUUUGGUGACCCCGACGUGAUAGCCGUGACAAUUUAGUUGUGCAAAAAGAAAAUCAAUUCAACAGACAUUUAGUUAUUUAACAAUAAUAGUUGUUGUGCUGCGCGACAACUUCCAUUCUUGCUGUACAUAUGUAUUUUCGUGCAUAGUACAUACAAUCCGUUCUUUGUAAUCACCACUGUGAUUUGGAGCAAUUGUGGUGUGAUUGUUAAACGGUCAAAACUGUAACUUUGCGUACAUACAUAGCCCUUGGCUAGUACAUACAAUCCCUUCCUUGUAGUCUGGACGGUAAACUUGCGAGUUUGUGGCGUGAUCAUUAAACGGUUAGGACUAUAACGUUACAUACAUACAUCACGGCUGUCGUUAGCAUUCUGCAUCCAUCGCUUAGCAGUUGAUAUAUAUUUUUGCAUACGUUUGUUUUAUAUUCGUUGCGUUGCUGAGAAAACAUCCACUCAAGUUGUUCUUCUCGAACCUUCAAUAUGUCGCUUAGCCCAGCUAAUGGUACUGCCAACGGGGAAGGUUCAUCAAACAUUGCCCCAGCGAGUGGGCAAGUGUCUUCAGACCGAGUGUUGUUUUUGAAGUCGAAAACAAUGUCCCUAUUCAACCGGCUUGAGCGCACAGCGGCAGAAAUGGACGUGGAAAAGCUUCAAGGCAUGGAUGAGUACGACUUAGCAGCAAUUGUCGAAUUAUUAGGUGAAUUAAAAUCAGCCUUUACUGUCGCUCACACCAGUUUGGAGGAACUAGAUUUCCAUUCCAUUGCCAGUGUUCUUCCCUGCAAAUUUGAUUCCACGGUAACAAAUCUUAAGGCGAACCUGCAACGAGAGAUUGGGAAACGUACUACAUCCCACCACUGCUCGACAUUCAGAGCGAACGCCGGCGAUUCCCAGUCCAUCAUCGUGAAUGCUAAUCCUUCUCGCUUGCCUUUGCUGACGUUGCCUAAAUUUAGUGGUGCUUACACUGAGUGGAUGAACUUCCUUUCGAUGUUCAUCUCUGUCAUCGACAAGGAUAGCGACCUAACGCAAACCGAUAAACUGCAGCAUCUUCGUUCCUGCUUGAGUGGUGCAGCACUGGAUACCAUACGAUCGCUAGAGAUAAACGAGGCUAACUACAAAAUUGCGAUAGAACUUCUUAAAAAACGAUUUGAUAACAAAAGACUUAUCUUUCAGGCACACAUCAGGGAGAUCUUUGGGUUGGAAAGGGCAGGCACAUCCGUUAGCAAGCUACGAGAGUUGACGGACAAAGUCACUUCGCAUAUACGCGCGUUGCAAUCACUUGCGUCCAAGGAACAAAUCGCAGACUGUAUAAUCAUACAAUUGUUAACUCAGAAGCUGGACAAGGCAACCCAAGCCAAAUGGGAGGAGAAUUCUUCAAGCAACGAGCUGCCGUCGUGGGACCAGUUAGCUGACUUUUUAGAGAAGCGCUGUCGAACACUCGAAAACGUAGAGCAUGCCAUGGUAGAGCAAGGAUUUCAGGUUGGAAAAAGUGGAAAAAACGUGAGUACCAAUCAAAAUAAAUCAUUUCUUGCUUCGAAAACCUCUGCGUGUGGUUGCGCAUUUUGUGGAUCGGCAGAUCAUCUCAUUUACCACUGUCAACGGUUCGAAAAUUUAUCGCCAAACCUUCGUCAGAAAGAGACCAAGAAACUUUCUCUUUGCCUUAAUUGUCUAAAGGCGGGUCAUCAGAUGCGAGAUUGUAAAUCUGGAUCUUGUCGCAAAUGUCAAUCGAAGCACCACACCCUUCUACAUUUUGAUCGUACAAAUAUAGCUUCACCUGCAACUCGAGGUGCGGCUUCUCAAUCAACUACAGCUCAGUCGAACGCAAUGAUGGUUGGCAUUUUAGUCAUACCUAUCAUUGUUUCAAGACCACUGUGGGGGGUUGCGAUCGAAAGGAUUUAA